UUUUCAGUUUUGUGGGGUCGCGCUCUUUCUCUGGCUGGUGGAGCGGUCCUGCAGCCGAGAACCGGAUUCUGGAGUUGGGGCGGCUCUUCUUUCCUUCUUAGGACCACCUUUGACAUCCCAGGAAGGCUACGGCUAUGUCCGUGCUGCGACCUCUCCUGCUUCUGCUGCUGCCUCUGUGUCCCGGUCCGGGACCGGGACCCGGGAGCGAGGCAAAGGUCGCCCGGACUUGUGCAGAGACCCGGCAGGUGCUGGGGGCUCGGGGAUAUAGCUUAAACCUAAUCCCUCCCAACAUGAUCUCAGGUGAGCACCUCCAGAUCUGUCCCCAGGAGUACACCUGCUGUUCCAGUGAGACAGAGCAGAAGCUCAUCAGUGAUACCGAGGCCACCUUCCAAGGCCUAGUGGAAGAUAGUGGCUCCUUCCUGGUUCACACACUGGCUGCCCGGCAUAGAAAGUUUAAUGAGUUUUUUCGGGAGAUGCUCUCUGUGUCCCACCAAUCCUUGGCCCAGUUCUUCUCGCACUCCUAUGGCCGCCUGUAUUCCCAGCACGCCCUCAUCUUCAACAGCCUGUUCUCUCGCCUGUGGGACUACUAUGAGAAGUCCGGUGAGGGGUUAGAUGACACCUUGGCGGAUUUCUGGGCACAGCUUCUGGAGAGAGCUUUCCCCCUGCUGCACCCACAGUACAGUUUCCCCCCUGACUUCCUGCUCUGCCUCACACGCCUCACCUCGACUACUGAGAGCUCUCUGCAACCCUUUGGGGACUCACCCCGCCGCCUCCGCCUGCAGAUAACCCGAGCCCUGGUGGCUGCCCGGGCCUUUGUCCAGGGCCUGGAGACUGGAAAAAACGUGGUUGAUGAAGCACUUAAGGUGCAGGUGUCUGGAGACUGCAGGAAAGCUCUGAUGCGUCUAAUCGGCUGCCCCCUUUGUCGGGGAGUCCCCUCACUCAUGCCCUGCCGGGGCUUCUGCCUCAACGUGGCCAAUGGCUGUCUCAGCAACAGGGGACUGGAGCCAGACUGGGGCAGCUAUCUGGAUGGUCUCCUGUUCCUGGCUGAUAAGCUCCAGGGGCCCUUUUCUUUUGAGCUGGCUGCCGAGUCCAUUGGGGUGAAGAUCUCAGAGGGUUUGAUGUAUCUGCAGGAAAACAGCGUGAGGGUGUCAGCCAAGGUGUUUAAGGAAUGCGGGACCCCCCACCUGGUGUCAGCCCGCAACCGCCGAGCGCCUGCGCCCCUGGAAGAGACUGGUCGACAGUGGCCGUGGAGAGCGGCACCCGAGGAGGAGCGGCCCACGACGGCAGCGGGCACCAACCUGCACCGGCUGGUGUGGGAGCUCCGAGAGCGGUUGAGCCGGGUGCGGGGCUUCUGGGUCGGGCUGCCCCUGACGGUGUGCGGGGACUCGCGCAUGGCCGCGGACAUCUCGCAGGAGGCGGCGCCCUGCUGGACCGGGACUGGGCGAGGCCGGUACCAGUUGCCGGUGGUGGUGGGCUCCCGGACCGAGCAGACCCACAACCCAGAGCUGGGGGUGGAUACCUCGGGCCCCGAUGUCCCGACGCGGCGUCGGCGGCUGCUGCUGCGCUCUGCCACCGCCAGGAUGAGGGCGGCGGCGCUCGGACAGGACCUGGACAUGCAGGACGCAGAAGAGGAUGCCAGUGGCUCUGGAGGGGGACACCAGUAUGCAGAUGACUGGAAGGCUGGAGCUGCACCUGUGGCCCCUGCUGCCUGGCCUCCAAGGCCACAUCACCCUCCUCGAAGGGACAGCAGUGGGGGCAGAGGAAGAGGUGGUGGUGCCCGCUACAACCAGGACAGGAGCAGGAAUGGAGGGAUGCCUGUUGGUCUGCACACCCCACCCGUCCUCAUUCUCUUCCCCUCAGUCCUGGCCAUGCUUGGACCUCGAUAACAGGGGAGGGGUGCCCUAGCAUCAGGAGGGUUCAUGGCCCUUUCCCCUCAGCUGGGCCUGGGGAGGAGUUGAAGAGGGCUAUUGAGAAGGUAGAAAAGGAACUUUGCAGGUGAAUGGCUGGGGCCCCAAAUCCAGGAGAUUCCCAUUGGUGGGUUGGGGGUGGGUAGUUGUUCACAAUAUUUAUUUUUUCAUUUGGUAAUGGGGGUAUUUAUUUAGGAAGGAAGUGUGGUCUCCUCCGUCUAAGGCUGGGGCUGGUGAUCAGCUGUCCUUCUCCCCUGCCACAGGAUGACAAGGGUGAAAGGGGGGAGUUUUAGAGUUGCCAUUGGAGGGUGGAGUUGGAGGAAGUUGAAAGUGGGGAGGGGUGGAAUUCUAAGAGGGUGGGAACACCUGGUCUCAGACAUGGACAAAGCUGGGUGCUGAUGGGUCAUAGGGCUGGGGGGGAAGUGUGUGUGAGUAGGCUAUGGGGCUUAACGGGCCUGAGUUCUGUUGAGCUUUUUAAAGGUAAUUUUAAAAAAGUAAAAUACAAAAAGGUGGUGGGGGGUGCUCAUUGCUUGAUCUCUACCAUCCACAUCCUUCACAAGAUCCCAUUUCACGUUUCAGUGUUUGGCUCUGUUUUA